AUGCCUCCCAAGAAGGGCAAGAAAGCGGCGCCAUCGCCUGAAGAGGUGCCAUCGACAGUCACGACCCCUCGAGGCAAGACAUUCGAUACGACAGCCGCCGCCGCAAGACCGAAGCGCGCCAUUACUACCACCAUGCCUCCUCGCGAUCCACCGAACCUAAAGAGAGCCAAGAUCGCCGAGUCAUCGUCGGCCUCUGAAGUUACUCCCAAGAGACGUGGUCGUCCACCUAAGGUCUCGACUCCUAAGACCGUUGCGGCCAUGACACCUAAGGCACCUUCUUCGGCCACACCCAAGAACUCCAGAGUCGGUGAAAGACAAAGCGCUAGGCUGGCUUCGACUCCUGCCAGUGAGAAAGCGUUGCCACCACUAAGAAAAAGCCGCGCCACCAAGUCAGCCAUUCCACCUAAGCGUGGCAGAGGCAGACCGCCGAAGCCCAAGCAGCCUACCCUCAAAGACGGUCAUGAAUCUGCCCCCGACGCUAACGACGAAGCGAGCGAUGGCAUUGAUUACGACGAUCCGACACACGAUGCCAAUAUCACUGAGGCCACAACUAUCAUCCAAGCCGAUCGCAGCUAUUGGCUCAUGAAAGCCGAGCCCGAGUCUCGCAUCGAGCAGAACGCCAACGGUGACGACGUCGACGUCAAGUUUACCAUUGACGAUCUCCGCUCACGCACCGAGCCUGAACCAUGGGAGGGCAUUCGUAACGCGCAAGCCCAAAACAACUUGAAGGCCAUGAAAGUCGGCGAUCUUGCUUUCUUCUACGAGUCGAACUGCAGNAAGCCAGGCAUCGUUGGCAUCAUGGAGAUUGUCAACGAAGCCAGUCCUGAUCCUAAUGCUUUCGACAAGAGCAGCGCUUACUACGAUCUCAAAUCUGAUCCUGCAAAGCCCAAGUGGAUGCUCGUCCACGUCGAGUUUCGUCGCAAGUUCAACGAGAAGUUCACGCUCAAGGAUCUCCAAAAAUUCUCUCAACCUGGAGGUGCUCUCGCUGAGAUGGAGGUCUUCAAGCAGUCACGCCUCUCCGUCACCAAAGUCACCAGGCCUCAGUGGGACUUUAUCAUGAGCCAGAUCGACGAGGACGAUGAAGAUGACAUGGAGGAUUUUGUCGAAGAAGGCGUCGACGGCAGUGGUGGUGAGAACACAGAUUUCGGUAAUGACUUUGCCGCUGCGUUCGAAGCCCCUGCUAACCUCCGCACUGCCAACGAGAUCCCUGACGUUGUCGACCAGAUGUCCACUUACGUCGUGAGCGCCCCUGGUCCCUCCGCCAGAAGUGUAUCCCGUGGCCGCAGAAGCAGACCAAUGUCAGUUUCAGCUGGCCAGCCUGCAGCUUUGCACAACGCCGCUCUGCCUCAUCAACACGACAUUGAUGCCCCAGCCAACUAG